CCGCGCACGAGGCCUUCAGCAGCUGGAGGGGCGUCUCCGCCAAGGAGAGGAGUUGGUUACUUCGGAAAUGGUACGAUCUGAUGAUGCAGAAUAAGGACGACCUCGCCAAGAUCGUCACCGCUGAGAGCGGGAAGCCGCUGAAGGAGGCCCAGGGAGAGAUUCUCUACUCGGCCCUCUUCCUGGAGUGGUUCUCGGAGGAGGCCCGCCGCGUGUACGGGGACGUCAUCUGCACCUCGGCCAAGGACAGGCGGGCCCUGGUCCUCAAGCAACCCAUGGGCGUGGCCGCCAUCAUCACCCCAUGGAAUUUCCCCAGCGCCAUGAUCACGCGGAAGGUGGGGGCAGCCCUGGCAGCCGGCUGCACCGUGGUGGUGAAACCUGCUGAGGACACGCCCUUCUCCGCCCUGGCCCUGGCUGAGCUCGCGAGCCAGGCUGGAAUCCCCCCAGGGGUGUACAACGUCAUUCCCUGCUCGCGAAAGAAGGCCAAGGAAGUAGGGGAGGCCAUUUGUACUGACCCGCUGGUGUCCAAAAUCUCCUUCACUGGCUCCACAGCCACGGGAAAGGUCCUGCUGCACCACGCGGCCAACUCCGUGAAGCGGGUCUCCAUGGAGCUGGGCGGCCUGGCCCCGUUCAUCGUGUUCGACAGCGCCAACGUGGACCAAGCCGUGGCGGGGGCCCUGGUGUCUAAAUUCAGGAACGCUGGACAGACUUGCGUUUGCUCAAACCGGUUCCUGGUGCAAAGUGGGAUCCACGAUGCCUUCGUGGCAAAGUUUGCCGAAGCAAUGAAGAAAAACCUGCGUGUCGGGAACGGCUUUGAAGAGGGGACCACUCAAGGCCCGUUAAUUAAUGAAAACGCCGUGGAAAAGGUGGAGAAGCACUUGAGUGACGCCGUCUCCAAAGGGGCCACCGUCGUGACGGGCGGGAAGCGGCACCAGCUCGGGAGGAACUUCUUCGAGCCCACCCUGCUCAGCGGCGUCACACAGGACAUGCUCUGCUCCCGCGAGGAGACGUUCGGGCCCCUGGCGCCGGUCAUCAAGUUCGACAGGGAGGAGGAGGCUGUUGCCAUUGCCAACGCCACAGAGGUCGGGCUGGCAGGCUACUUCUACUCCCAGGACCCAGCGCAGAUCUGGAGGGUGGCGGAGCAGCUGGAGGUGGGCAUGGUGGGCGUGAACGAGGGCCUGAUCUCCUCGGUGGAGUGCCCCUUCGGAGGGGUGAAGCAGUCAGGCCUGGGGCGCGAGGGCUCCAAGUACGGAAUCGAUGAGUACCUGGAGGUGAAGUACGUGUGCUAUGGGGGUCUGUAGCCGCCGGUGGCGGGAGCAGCGCCUGCUGGGACUGGCCCUGUCUGGGUGGGCUUGCGGCCAUCUGGACCUAAGUUUAAGCAGCCCCCCCAUACCCCGUAGCUACCUAGGGACCAGCCCACGCACACCGCCUGGCAGCGGCUGCAGAUCGGGAGAGCCGGCCCUGGGCUUAGAGGGAGCCCGGGGCUACAGAGCGCGGCCUGGUGGGAGGGAGGCCAGCCCUUGGCUGGUCAUGGCCAGGGCAGUAGCACACCUGCCUCCCGAGCGGCUCCCACCUGGCCCAGACACUUUGCGGGGAACCCCUGAGCGUGACAGAGUGGAGUCGGGACCUGGAGCCCGCUUCCCUGGCCCUACGAGCCCAGCAGAGACACUGCCGUUGCCCGGAGCGUCACAGAGGUGGAUAGACAUUCCUUGACGACUUCCAAAGUCACAGGCUCCUGGACUGCUGAGCAGCGAGGUGACUCCGGGACUGUCUGCGACCAGUCACCAGGUCUUCAGUGUCCCGCGGCUCGCGCUGGGCCGUCCCCGAGCACCCGGCUGCACCACCCAGGCCUUCCUGCACAGUGGGCUUCGGGCCGGCUCGGCUCCUAGGUGCCUGGGAAGAGAGGAGGGGCCAGGGCUUGGCCUUGAAAGAACACGCCUCGGCUUCCACCCACACCGCAGGGCCGCCCUGGAAGGGCCGCAGUGUCGCCCACUGGCUUUAAGCACGACUUGACCUCGAGCAAGCGUGAGCCUUGAUCCUCCCGGAGCGCAGGAAGUCCAGGUCGGAAGUAAAUGCUGACAGCGCUCUGACCUUCCUCCCUGGAGGCAGGCCCGUUCUAAAUAGCAAUAGCGUUUUUACUGAAUAGCAGUCUCACUGUGAUCGGUCUGUGCUCUGCCUUGCGGGCUUAGACUCGGGGGAGAACUGUGGUGACAAAUGGAAGCUUGUGCGGUUUAAGUGUGUGCAUCGCUCAUUUCUGUCCGUCUCACAGACGGUGUAGUGUCUAGCCGCAGAGUAGUGUGUGUGCUUAAUAAAAGUGAACUAACACGUCC